AUGGCUCUGGCUGUGUGCAUGCGGCAACUAACAGGGCUGCCGGGCACCCACGACCAACAAGUGAAGCUCAGCUUCCGAGGCUUUAUCCAGAAAACAAGAAAAAUUCGCUGUGGUCAAGAAGCAGAUAUUGGCGAGCUGUUCCGUUGGCCCCACUAUGGGGCUCCACUGGCUGGGGAGUGUUUGUCUGUGCAGGUGGUUAACUGUAGCCGUGUGUUCAGGCCCAGGCCUCUGGGGACCCUGGUGAUCUCCCUGCAGCAGUUACAGAAUGCUGGGCAUUUGGUGAUACAGGAAGCCCUGGUGGAGGAGAAUCUUCGAGUGUCCCGGGUGCCAGCACGAGGCCUGAAAGUCCCAUUUCUCAGAGGGGAAAACCCAAGACCCAGACAGGAGUGGUACCAAGGACCCCUAGCCAGGAGGGCUGGACUUAAGGCCUCCGGGCAGUUAGAGCAGCUGAGCUUCGUGGAGCUCUUCCCGCCGCUGGCGCGCGGCCUUCGACUGCAGCUGAGGGACGACGCGCCCCUCGUCGAUGUGGCUCUCACCACGCACGUGCUGGACCUGAGGCAGAUCUCCCACCCCGGCCGUGCGGCGGGGUUUAACCCCACCUUCGGCCCGGCCUAGGUGCCUCUCUAUGGCUCGCUGCCCAGCGGAGGCCUCCAGGAUGAUCUUCAAAGUCUCAAUGAAGGCCUUGGCCAAGGCAUUUGGUUCCGUGGCCGCCUUCUGGUGGCUGUGUCCAUGGAGGUGUUAGAAAGGAGAGCUGAACCUGAGCCUCCUUGGCCCCAACAGGGGUCCAGGUUGUCACGGCUCACACGAAAGAAGAAGAAAGCCAGCCGGGGUCAGACUUGACCUGCAGUUCCACAGCACAUGGACGCCAGCCCCAGUGCAGCGGGGCCUGAGAUUCCUAGUGCCAUGGAGGUGGAGGUGGAGGAGCUACUGCCACUGCCAGAGAACGCCCUGGCACCCUGCGAAGAUUUCCUGCUCUUUGGUGUGCUCUUCGAGGCCACCAUGAUUGACCCUGCUGUGGCCUCCCAGCCCAUCAGCUUCGAGAUUUCCAUUGGUCGAGCGGGCCGCCAGGAGGAGCAGUUGGGCCGAGGGUCCAGGGCCAGGGAGGGAACUGAGGGCACAGUGGCAGAGACGCAGCCUCUGCUGAAGUCAGACGCAGGAGGAGUCGGGCUGGAGGAGGAGGAGGAGCUGGGGACUCCUGCGCAGUGGCCUGAGCCCAUGGACGGCAGCGGGCCGUACCUGUGCUUGCCCCUUCGUCACCGCAAGCCAUGUGUGCACGUGUGGAGCCGCUGGGAGGAUCACACAUGGCACCUGCACAGCAGCAACUGCGUGUGCAAAGUGGCCGAGAGGCUGGACCAGGGGCUACAGGAGGCUGAGACACUACAGCGCAGGCCGGGGUCAGGGGCCUGCACAUGGCUCAAGCAGGCGCUGGAAGAGCUGGUGGCUGGGAGCAGACAGUUUUGCCAUGGUGCUGAGCGCAGGACGAUGACUCGGCCCAACAUCCUGGAUCGAUGCCGAGGGAAAUUGCUGGUGCACAGCCUGAAUCUGUUGGCAAAGCAAGGACUGCGGCUUCUCUGGGGCCUGAAACAGGGCAACGUGCAAAAGAAGGUGGCAUUGGCCAAGAAGCUCUUGGCAAAACUGCACUUCCUGGCUCAGGAGCCCCAGCCACCCCUCCCCGAUGUGCUGGUCUGUAUGCUCAGUGGGCAGUGCCGCGUGGUCUGGGCCCAGAUCCCUGUCCAGGAUGUGCUGUUCUCUGUGGUCGAGGAGGAACGGGGCCGGGACUGUGGGAAGAUCCAGAGUCUGCUGCUCACAGCACCCGGGGCAGGCCCUGGGGAGGUCUGUGCCAAGCUGGAGCUCUUCCUGUGGCUGGGGCUGGGCAAACAAGUCAAGGCCUGCACCUUCCAGCUGCCCCCAGACCUGCUGCCCGAGCCCUCGGCUGGGCUGCCCCACAGCCUAUGCCAGGAUGACUUUAGGUACUUCCAGCUCCGGGCUCACUUGUACCAGGCCCGAGGUGUGUUGGCAGCAGAUGACAGUGGCCUCUCAGACCCCUUUGCUCGAGUCCUCAUCUCUACACGGUGCCAGACCACACGGGUCCUGGAGCAGACGCUGAGCCCCCUGUGGGACGAACUCUUGGUAUUUGACCAGUUGAUCAUAGAUGGCAGGAGGAAGCAUCUGCAGGAGGAGCCGCCCUUAGUGGUCAUCAAUGUUUUUGACCACAAUAAGAUUGCCCCCCCUGUGUUCCUGGGCAGGGCACUGGCAGCCCCGAGGGUAAAGCUGGUGGAGGACCCAUACCUAUGCCCUGAGCUGCAGUUCUUCCCCCUGAGGAAGGUACCCCGGGCAGCUGGAGAGCUCAUUGCCACCUUUGAACUCAUUGAACUGGACUACAGUGGCCGAUUUGAGCCCUCAGUGCCCAGUGAUGUGGAGCCCCAGGAUCUGGCGCCCCUGGUGGAGCCCCUCUCUGGACGCCUGUCCCUGCCACCCAACGUGCACCCAGUGCUCAGGGAGUUCCAUGUUGAGGUGCUGUUCUGGGGUCUGAGGGGCCUUGGUCGUGUGCACCUGUUCGAGGUGGAGCAGCCCCAGGUUGUGCUGGAGGUGGCUGGGCGACGUGUGGAGUCCAAGGUCCUGGCCAGUUAUCAUGAGAACCCCAAUUUCACUGAGCUCGUCAGGCAUCUGAUGGUGGACCUGCCGGAGCAGCCUUACCUGCAGCCCCCACUCAGCAUCCUGGUGAUCGAGCGCCAGGCCUUUGGCCGCACUGUCCUUGUGGGUUCCCACAUUGUCCCCCACAUGACACAAUUCACUUUCUGGGGUCAUGAGGAUCCUCCUGAGGAGGAAGGAAAGAAGGAGGAGACAGGGGACCUGGUGCCCAAGAGACCUCAAGGAAAGAAGUCCCUGGAUCCCGUCUCGGCUGAAACGGGGAUCUCCAGACGGCUCCUGAAGGCUCCUCUGAAGAAGCUCCCCCUAGGAGGCCUCCUGCUUCAAGGGCCUGAGCUGGAGGAGGACAUCCCAGAUCCUGAAGAACUCGACUGGUGGUCCAAGUACUACGCAUCGCUGCACGAGCUCCAGGGGCAGCCCAACUUUGAUGAGGAUGAAAUGGAUGAUCAUGGAGAUUCGGAUGGAGUCAACCUUGUUUCUGUGGAUGGGGAGGCCCAAGACCAGGGUGAGGCUAAAGUCGAAGGUUCUGUGUCCCGGAAAAAAGCACUUGCCACCCCGAAGAUCUACAACAGCUCCCUGGAGGAAGAGUUUAACCACUUUGAAGAUUGGCUAAAAGUGUUUCCCCUAUACGGAGGCCUAGGGGGCCAGGAUGCAGAUGGAGAGGAAGAAGGUUUUGGACACCCAGUGGGCAAGUUCAAGGGCUCCUUCCUCAUUUACCCUGAAUCAGAGGCAAUGUUGUUCUCUGAGCCUCAGAUCUCUCAGGGGAUCCCACAGAACCGACCCAUCAAGCUCCUGGUCAGAGUCUAUGUUGUCAAGGCUACCAACCUGGCUCCAGCAGACCCCAACGGCAAAGCAGACCCCUAUGUGGUGGUGAGCGCUGGCCGGGAGUGGCAGGACACCAAGGAGCGCUAUAUCCCCAAGCAGCUCAACCCCAUCUUUGGAGAGGUCCUGGAGCUAAGCAUCUCUCUCCCUGCUGAGCCAGAGCUGACUGUUGCUGUAUUUGAUCAUGACCUCCUGGGUUCUGACGACCUCAUUGGAGAGACCCACAUUGACUUAGAAAACCGAUUCUACAGCCACCACAGAGCAAACUGUGGGCUGGUUGCCCAGUCUGAUGUGGAUGGGUACAAUGCCUGGCGUGAUGCAUUCCGGCCUUUGCAGAUCCUGGCAGGUCUGUGCCAACAACGUGGCCUCCCUGCCCCUGAAUACCGAGCCGAGGCUGUCAAGGUGGGCAGCAAAGUCCUUCUGACACCGCCUGAGACCCUGCCCCCAGGUAGGGGGGGCUCCAAGGGGGCAGGUGGGACCCCUGAGGAGGCCCAGGCAUUGCUUGUGCUGUGGCACUGGCAGGAGAUGCCGGAUUUUGGGAUCCAGCUGGUACCUGAGCAUGUAGAAACACGGCCCCUCUACCAUCCCUGAAGCCUGGGGCUGCUGCAGGGAUCCCUUCACAUGUGGAUUGACAUCUUUCCCCGAGAUGUGCCUGCCCCACCUCCAGUUGACAUCAAGCCUCGGCAGCCAAUCAGCUAUGAGCUCAGAGUCAUCAUCUGGAACAUGGCAGAUGUGGUUCUGGAUGACGUGAACCUGCUCACUGGAGAGAUGUCGAGUGACAUCUAUGUGAAGAGCUGGGUGAAGGGGCUGAAGCAUGACAAGCAGGAGACAGACGUUCACUUCAACUCCCUGACUGGGGAGGAGAACUUCAAUUGGCGCUUUGUGUUCCGCUUUGACUACCUCCCCAUGGAGCGGGAGGUGAGCCUCUGGCGCCAGCCUGGUCCCUUCGCCCUGGAGGAGGCCGAGUGCCGGCAGUCAGCCAUGCUGGUCCUGCAGGUCUGGGACUAUGACCACAUCUCCGCCAAUGUCUUCCUGGGAUCCCUGGAGUUGCAGCUGCCAGACAUGGUAUGGGGGGCCGGGGGGCCUGGGGGCCCCGAGCUCUGCUCCAUAGGGCUGGCCUGUGAUGGGGCUGCGCCGAGGUGCAAUCUGUUCCGCUGCCGCCGCUUGGGGGGCUGGUGGCCCAUGGUGAAGCUGCAGGAGGAGGAGGACGUGGAACGGGAGGCGCAGGAGGCCCAGGCUGGCAAGAAGAGACGGCAGCAGAGGAGGAGGAGGGGCCGGCCAGAAGACCUAGAGUUCAGAGACACAGGCGGCGACGUGUACAUCCUCACGGGAAAGGUGGAGGCAGAGUUUCAACUGCUGACUAUGGAGGAGGCUGAGAAACGGCCAGUGGGGAAGGGGCGGAAGGAGCCAGAGCCCCUGGAGAAGCCUAACCGCCCCAAAACCUCCUUCAACUGGUUCGUGAACCCGCUGAAGACCUUCGUCUUCUUCAUCUGGCACCGCUACUGGCACAUCCUGGUGCUGCUGCUGCUGGCACACACCGUCUUCCUCCUACUCAUCUUCUACACCAUCUCCGGCCAGAUCAGCCAGGUCAUCUUCCGCCCCCUCCACAAGUGA